GACAAGAUGGCGGCUUCCGCAACGGCAAGCAUUACAUUUUGUCUGAUCCUGCAGGUCAUGUUGAUCUCGGUCCAUGGGAAGUCUCCGAAUAUUGUGUUUGUCCUGACGGAUGAUCAAGAUGUUGUGCUAGGUGGACAGACACCUAUGGUAAAAACAAAGAAAUUAGUCGGAGACCAAGGAAUUAUUUUUAACAACAUGUUUGUGACAAGUCCGCUGUGCUGCCCAAGUCGUUCCAGCAUCUUCACAGGAAAAUUUGUCCACAACCAUGGUGCCCAGAACAACAGCAUCAGUGGUGGCUGCAGCAGCACGAAGUGGCAAACCACUCAGGAGACUACAGCGUUCCCCACACACUUCAGUCAGCAAGGAUACACCAGUUUCUUUGCGGGAAAGUAUCUAAAUGCUUACGGACUGAAGCCGGCGGGCGGGGUGCAGCAUGUCCCUCCAGGAUGGGACUGGUGGAAUGGUCUGGUGGGGAACUCUGUGUACUACAACUACACGCUGUCAAUAAAUGGCACUGCCCAGGACCACGGACAGAGCUAUAACAGUGACUACCUCACUGAUCUCAUUCAUAGACAAGCAAUAGGAUUCCUACAGGAGCAAGACAAGGACUCAAAGCCAUUCUUCAUGAUGAUGUCCACCCCAGCCUGCCACGGCCCCUUCACCCCCGCCCCUCAAUACAGCCAGAACUUCUCCAAUCUCACCGCCCCCAGGAAUGGCAGUUUCAACAAACAUGGAAACAACAAGCACUGGCUAAUUGAGCAGGCCAAAACACCAAUGCCCAAUGACACUAUUGCCAACAUCGACGAUGUAUUCCGAAAUAGGUGGAGGACAUUGUUGUCAGUUGAUGACAUGGUGGAGAACGUGGUCAACAUGUUGGACAAGAAAGGACUGUUGGACAACACCUUUGUCUUUUUUUCUUCAGACAAUGGCUUCCAUCUUGGGCAGUUUUCAAUGCCACAAGAUAAACGGCAGUUCUAUGACUUUGACAUCCGUGUUCCACUCAUGGUGCGAGGUCCAGGGGUCAAAGCUGGUCAAGUCAGAGACGAAGUGGUUCUCAACAUAGACUUGGCCCCGACAUUUAUCGAGCUGACCGGCAGCAAAGUUCCCGAUGAUGUUGACGGUUUGUCUCUUCUUCAACUUUUGGAAAAACCGACGAACAAGUCCGACCCGACCUUCAGGACCAAGUUCCUCGUUGAACAUGAUGGGGAGUCAGAAUCUGAAAUACCAAACUGUCCGCAGUUCAAAGAUCAAGGUCUCUCAGUAUGCAGCCACCACUGCGUGUGUGAAGACUCCACAAACAACACGUACGCCUGUGUGGUGGAGACGUUACGGACCACGCACUACAAGUAUUGCCAGAUGCAGGACUCGGUGAACUUUGUGGAAGUGUAUGAUCUGGUGAAGGAUCCAGCAGAGUUGAACAACAUCGUGAAGUCAGCUGCGCCUAGCCUCAUUUCACAAUUCAGCGCCGAUCUUGCUCGCAUGUCUGAGUGCAAGGGAAAAGACUGUCGCAAGCUGCAGAAGACUUGACCUCCCAUCCUGUCACAUCAUCUUCAUCCCAUUAUCAGCCACCAAUCAUGAUUCUCAGCCAAAGAAAAUCAAUCUCAUUCAAAUCAGAUCUUAGUUCUCGCUACGGCUAAACAAAGAUCUGAGGACAUCCCAUUAAGGGUCACGUCAGGCCGACUUGCGCGAACUUUGACCGACCAAUGGAAUGACCCAUCAGAA